AUGGCAACCCGAAAAGAGAACCUCGCUGUGGCAGUAAAGAGCAAGGAAAGCUUCAAGGCCUACCUCCAAGUGCCGGGGAUCAUUGAAAAUAGCGAGGAAGAGGGCCGGUUUCUCUGGUCCAAUGAAGACCUCCUGCCAGUUCCUCCCGAGAGGCGCAAUUGGACGUACAGGACUUAUUCGUUCCUUUACUUUGGCUGGGCAAUGGACAAUUGGACCCUAGGAUCGACUAUGAUCGGCAUUGGCCUCAACUGGUGGCAAUCGAUCUUGGUCAUCCUCGCUGGCCAGCUGAUUAACUCAAUCUUCCAGGCCAUCAAUUCGCGCUGCGGCUCUAUCUACCACAUCAGCUUCCCAAUUGUCUCGCGUUCCGUUUCUGGCAUGGUAGGCUCCUACUUUGCCGUUGGGACACGAUCUGUCAUGUCGGUCGUCUACUAUGCUCUCAAAUUAUACAUUGGAUCUAAUUUUGUGAGAAACAUGAUGCGUGCCGUGUUCGGUCAUGCCUUCAGCAAUAUUCCCAACCACCUGCCAAUCUCCGCGGGCAUCACGACACAGGGAAUGAUUGCAUUUAUAGUAUACUGGGUGAUCCAUAUACCUAUCAUGUUCCUACGACCAGACCAGAUGCGAUGGAUAUUCACCAUGAAGAUAGUUUCUAUCUUUCCAGCCUACAUCGGGCUGUUUAUCUUCUGUAUGGUCAACACACGCGGGCAGCUAGGUAGCAGCCUAGCCUCGGCCAAGGAGACGUCGAGUUGGCAAUUUAGUUGGUUUGUCAUGGCUGCUAUCAAUGCCUCCAUGGGAAAUAACUCCCUCACUACCACCAACCAGCCCGACUUCUGUCGUUGGAGUAACAAACCUUGGGCGCCUGUUAUCCCUCAAAUCAUCUUCAAUCCGCUCGCUGUUACCAUCGCCUCAACUUUGGGGAUUUUAGCCACCGCUGCUAUCAACAACUCCUGGGGGCUCGAGCUGUGGAAUCAGUGGGAUCUUCUCGAUGAGAUUAUGACCCGUUAUUGGCGCCCAGAGGUGCGGUUUGCCGUUUUCCUAUGUGCGCUCGGCCAGGCGGCCCUCGUUAUGGGCACAAAUGUUGCCGGUAACAUUAUCCCACUGGGUAGCGAUUGCUCCAUGCUCUGGCCACGAUAUAUCAACACUGUCCGCGGCCAAUUCAUCGGCCUGUUUUUAUGCUACGGCUAUGGUAUGUUCUUUGCGGCCAUUGUUGGGCCUACUAUUGUGGAGUAUUACUACUUCGCACGCGGUAAUAUAUUUGUUCCAGAGCUAUACCACGGGUCAAGCGACAACCCUUAUUACUGGUUCUAUAAGGGUUGGGGCCUACAAGCCUACGCCGCUUACCUUAUCGGUAUAGCUCUUCCCUUCACUGGCUUCGUCGGCACCCUUGGUGCCAGUGUACCCGCCGUCGGAGUUCACAUGGGCGAUAUGGGCUGGCUUCUUUCAUUUUUUGUCUCUGCCUUUGCCUACUAUGUCAUCUGCUCCAUUUUCCCAACUGGUGUUCAGCGCGCUAUCAAGGAUCAAGGACUGGGGUGGGAAGGGAAUGCAAAGCACCUAGAGGGCAUCAUCGAAGCCCUUGUUGGUGAUGAUCAAUCUUCUGAAUCGCAGAAUUCUGCUGGGGGCGUCCGAUAUGUGCCCAAAAUGAGCGAGUCUGAGCCCUUGGAAAAGAGUGUGGAUGCUUGA